GUGAGGUGGCGGCUUUGAGAAGGAGUCGGGAGCACGGGGUUCAAAGCUAGCUGAAGGGUGAGGAGGGAAGCCCAGAAAGCCUGCACCCCGAGGAAAAAGGUCUGCGGACGGGCCAGAGCAAGCGCCGGGAAUGCAGGAUGGCGGCGGCGAGGAAGGAAGGGCUUGUGGCGAGUGAAGCCCUGUCCCAAGAGGGAGAUGAGUGGGAGCUGAGUAAAGAAAACGUACAGCCCUUACGGCAUGGACGGAUCAUGUCCACACUUCAGGGGGCUUUGGCACAGCAGGAAUCGGCCUGUAACACUGCUCUGCAGCAACAGAAACGGGCAUUUGAAUCUGAAAUUCGCUUUUACUCUGGAAAUGACCCUCUGGAUGUCUGGGAUAGGUAUAUUAACUGGACAGAACAGAAUUACCCUCAGGGGGGAAAGGAGAGCAACAUGUCAGUGCUACUAGAGAGAGCUAUAGAGGCACUACAAGGACAGAAGCGCUAUUACAGUGACCCCCGCUUUCUCAGUCUCUGGCUCAAAUUGGGGCAUUUGUGCAAUGAGCCUUUGGAUAUGUACAGCUAUUUACACAGCCAAGGGAUUGGUGUUUCCCUUGCCCAGUUCUAUAUUUCAUGGGCUGAAGAAUACGAAGCUAGAGAAAAUUUCAAGAAAGCGGACACAGUGUUCCAGGAAGGGAUUGAACGCAAGGCUGAGCCCCUGGACAGACUGCAGUCUCAGCACAGACAAUUCCAGGCUCGAGUGUCUCGACAAGCUCUCUUGGCGCUUGGGAAUGAAGAGGAGGAGGAAGUCUUGGGGUCUUCUGUACCACAGAGAAGCACACUAGCCGAGCUGAAGAGCAGAGGGAAAAAGGUGGCGAAAGCACCCAUCAGCCGUGUCGGAGGUGCCCUGAAGGCUACGGGUCAGAGCAGAGGAUUCCAAAAUACGGUUCCUCAGCAGAUAGGCAGUAAUCGCAGGAUCACUGUUUUUGAUGAAAAUGCUGACAGCACUUCUCGAGAAGAGUUAUCUAAGCCUGUUGUCCAGCCAUGGAUGGCGCCCCCUGUCCCUAGGGCCAAAGAGAAAGAGAAUGAGCUUCAGCCGGGCCCAUGGAACACAGACAGGCCCUUGGACUAUAGGCCUCAUGGCAAUCCAGUUCCAACGGCAUCUGUAACCACUGUGCUUCCCAGCUUUACUCCAUAUGUGGAGGAGAGUGCUCAGCAGACAGUAAUGACACCAUGUAAAAUUGAGCCUAGUAUCAACCAUGUUCUCAGCACCAGAAAGCCAGGGAGAGAAGAAGGAGACCCCCUGCAGAGGGUUCAGAGUCAUCAGCAAGGGUGUGAGGAGAAGAAGGAGAAGAUGAUGUACUGUAAGGAAAAGAUUUAUGCCGGAGUGGGGGAGUUUUCCUUUGAGGAGAUCCGAGCUGAAGUGUUCCGGAAGAAACUGAAAGAGCGAAGGGAAGCUGAACUGUUGACCAGUGCAGAGAAGAGAGCAGAAAUGCAGAAACAGAUUGAAGAGAUGGAGAGAAAGCUAAAAGAAAUCCAGACUAUCCAGCAAGAAAGAGCUGGUGACCAGCAGCAAGAAGAGACGAUGCCUAGAAAGGAGACAGCCAGACUGCACACUGCUUCAGAGUCUCAGGAAAUGCCGGGAGCAUCCCUGUCCUGGCCCGUCCAUCCACUAAGCUCAUGUCCCAGGGAAGCUUCACCUGCUGAAAACAUUUUGCAAGAACAGCCUGACUCUAAAGGUCCCAGUAUGCCUUUCUCCAUUUUUGAUGAGUUUCUUUCAGAUGAAAAGGACAAAAGUCCUGCUGCAGACCCUCCACAGGCUCUCAGAGCCCAGCGAAGACCCCUCGCAGUUCUCAAAAGCACGGAAACCAUCGCCUCAAAUGAGGACACAUCUCCUGAUGCCUGUGAUGAAUUUACAGGAAUCGAACCUUUGAGUGAGGACGCCAUCAUCACAGGUUUUAGGAACGUCACUCUCUGUCCUAACCCUGAGGACACCUGUGACUUUGCUAGAGCAGCUCGUUUUGCAUCUACUCCGUUUCAUGAGAUACUGUCCUUGAAGGGCAUCCCUUCCGGUCCUGAGGGGCUGUUGCAGGAAGAGGAUCUCGAUGGGAAGGCCGAGGGCCACCACACUGCGCCAGCCACUAUGUAUAACCAAACCCUCAGCAUCAAGAAGCUGAGCCCAAUUAUUGAAGACAGCCGCGAAGCUACUCAUUCAUCUGGCUUCUCCGGAUCGUCUGCCUCUGUUACAAGUACGUCCUCCAUCAAAAGCCUUCAGAUUCCCGAGAAGCUGGAGCUGACUAACGACACUACAGAGAAUGCUGUUCAGUCACCCUGGUGUUCACAGUAUCGCCUACAACUGUUAAAAUCCCUGCCAGAGUUAGGUGAUUGUACAGAGUUGUCUGUGGAAGAUAGACCAAUGCCUACCUUGGAAAUAGGAGAGGAAAUUGAGUUUGGUAACGAAGAUUACUGCAUCAAACAGGAGUUCCUGAUCUGUGAGGAUUACAAGUUACUCUGGGUGGCCCCAAGACACUCCGCAGAGCUAACCAUGAUAAAGGCAUCUUCUCAACCUAUCCCGUGGGAUUUUUAUAUCAACCUCAAGUUAAAGGAGCGUCUGAAUGAGGAUUAUGAUCAGCUUUCCAGCUGCUGUCAGUACCAAGAUGGCCAUAUCGUUUGGUACCAAUAUAUAAAUUGUUCCACCCUUCAGGAUCUUCUUCAACACAGCGAAUUCAUUACUCAUGAAAUAAUAGUGUUGAUUAUUCACAAUCUUUUGACAAUCGUAGAGAAGCUACACAGAGCCGAAAUAGUUCAUGGAGACUUGAGUCCAAGGAGUCUGAUCCUAAGAAACAGAAUCCACGAUCCCUAUGAUUGCAGUAAGAACGAUCCCGCUGUGAAGAUAGUCGACUUCUCCAACAGUGUUGACCUGAGGGCGCAGCUGGAUGCUUUUGCCUACAGCGGCUUUCGGACUGUACAGAUCCUGGAAGGACAAAAGAUCCUGGAGAACUGUUCUUCUCCCUAUCAGGUGGAUCUGUUGGGUAUAGCAGACGUAGCUCACUUACUGUUGUUCAAGGAACACCUGGAUGUCUUCUGGGAUGGGCAACUGUGGAAACUGAGCCAAAAUACUUCUGAGCUAAAAGACGGUGACUUAUGGAGCAAGUUCUUUGUGCGGGUUCUGAAUGCCGGUGAUGAGUGCACAGUGUCUGUUCUGAGGGAGCUUGCAGCAGAAAUGAAUGGGGUUUUUGACACCACAUUCCACAGUCACCUGAACAAAGCCUUGUGGAAGGUGGGGAAGACAAUUAGUCCCGCAGCUUUGCUCGUUCAGCAAGACAGGCAGUCGGGUCUCUCACAGAUCCCUGCCUAAGCACGCCUGUGGAAGCUGGCCUGGAGAUGCUGUAAUUUAAUUUAGAGCACACUUAGACACUUUACUAGUCCUUUUCUACCAGAGGGUUACUCCAAGGAACACAGCUUUCAACAGACUGCUGUGCCCCGGCAGCCUCGGCAGCCUCGUCUGUUUUAUUCAAAAUGGAGCCCAUACAAAUGGGUACUUAACCCUUUUGUCUCUGCUUUUCUCUUUUGUAAUUUUUGUAACAUGUACUCUUCCACUCACUGUGUAUUUCAUAAUAAAAUAGUUUUUUUAAA